UAUCAUCAUUUCCUGCAUGUUGUUUGUUUUCGUCCCUCCUGGAUUGCAGAGUUAAAAUUUGUCCACCCGGUAUAUAACUUGAUGGUAAAGACUAUAGCAUAGGCUGAGAGCACAUGCGUGUUACUUUUAGUUACAAAGAUGAAAACUGAUAUGCGCAGUACGAAUAAAAACUAAUUAUUUGACUACAUUUGACAACUAUGUUCUUUUGUCGAAUUGAUAAACAUACGUGAAUUUAACAAAACAAUAUGAUCGAAGCAGAAAAUAUUGAGGAUCAUAAUGGACUACGUCCAGAUGGUAGGCGAGCAUUAGAAUUACGACAAAUUCGGAUAAAAAUGGGAGUUUUCGGUCAAGCUGAUGGAAGUGCUUAUAUCGAACAGGGCAAUACCAAAAUUUUGGUUACAGUAUAUGGACCACAUCAGCCACGAGGUUCUACAGGAAGAAGUACCAGUAAGGUUACCAAGGGUAUAGUAAAUUGUCAAUAUAGUAUGGCAGUGUUUAGUUUAUCUUCUGGCGAACGUAAACGAAAACCACGUGGUGAUAGAAAAUCGCAAGAAAAGUCACUUCAGUUGAAACAUGCUAUGGAAGCAAUAAUACACCUAGAAUUAUAUCCACGUUCACAAAUAGAUAUUUAUGUAGAAGUAUUACAAGUUGAUGGAAGCGAAUAUUGUGCAUCCAUAAAUGCUUCUACACUUGCUUUAAUUGAUGCUGGAAUUCCUAUAAAGAAUUAUGCUGUAGGUUGUACUGUAACAUUAAUUAAUUCUUCAUCUUUAGACAAUGAAGAUAGUUCAUUAGGAACAGGUGUAUUAGAUGCAAAUUAUAUAGAAGAAUGUAAUCGUGGUGUUACUUUAUCUGUUAUUGCUUUACCAAAUAGUGAUGGUAUAUCAAAGGAUGGUUUAAUAGUGGUAGCAGAAGGAGCAGGACAAAGGUUGCAUUUAUCACAUUUUGAAUCUUUAAAAGAUAGAGUAUUACAUGGAUGCCAAGAUAUAAAAGUUAUUUUAGAUCAAGCUGUUAGACAUUAUUUAACAGAGCAGUCUCUCCCAUCUCUUUAUCAUGCCAGCAUAGAUUAGGGAUAUUAAUAAAAGUUGUAUACAAAAUAUCAUAAAAUAAUAUAUUUUGUUAACAUUUUCAUAAAGACAUAUAAAACUUAUUUUA